AUGUACCAGUCCAAACAACCGUUAGGUAGUAACGGAAAUAAUCAAUCUGUCUUUACUGAGAAAUUCGAACAAUUUCCAACGGAUGGAGCUACUAUUGAUAAAGAAAACAUAAUGCCUUAUAGUUAUCAACCUAUACAAAAAGGUUUAAAUGCGAAUAAUUCUGCUAAUGUACCUGCUAAGAAUGCUUUAAUUAAUAGUCAAUUACAGAAUUCAGCUCCAUUUAAUCAGCAUCGAUCAGUAUUAAGUGAUGUUACAUCCCAGGUAAACAAUAAAUUAAAUAGUGUUCCUUCCAAUUCAACAUUAAAAUCGGAUGGAGGUUUAUCACAUUCUUCUUCAUCUACUACAAAUUCUGUUGAUGCUUGGAGUAAUAAUAGUUCAAAAGAACAAUCAAAAUAUAAUAAUAACUUUAAAGAAAUGAAAAAUAGUAAUUCUCCAGUAAUAAUAGAAACGAAUGAAAAUGGAUCAGAUCAAGGUUAUAAUCCUCUUUCGACACAGUGUAAUGAUAUUGGUGAUACAAUUGAAGAAGAUGAAGGUGAUAUUGUUGAGAAUGAACAAUUGACAAAUGAAUAUUCUGCCAUUGAACCAGAUGAUAAUAAUGAUCAUAUGAUAAAACCAUUAGAAUUAAAUUUUAAUGAUGAAAUUAAUCUAAUAUUAGAUGAAGCUCAUAAUACAUAUUAUCGUGAUACUCUUGACUUAAUGGAUGAAGAUACAUAUGAUGUAGUUAUGGUUGCAGAAUUAACUGAUAGUAUAUUUGAUUAUUUGAGAAAAUUAGAAAUGAAAUAUAGACCAAAUCCAAAUUAUAUACAUUAUCAAAAAGAAUUAAGAUGGUCAUAUAGAAGAAUUUUAUUAGAUUGGAUAGUUGAAGUUCAUAAUAGAUUUCAAUUAUUACCUGAAACAUUAUAUUUAACUGUUAAUCUUAUUGAUAGAUUUUUAUCUAAGAAAAGCGUCAUGUUAAAUAAAUUUCAAUUGGUUGGUGCAGCCGCUUUGUUUAUUGCAGCAAAAUAUGAAGAGAUAAAUUGUCCAUCAUUAAAAGAUAUUUUAUAUAUGUUAAAUGAUGCAAACACAAAGGAAGAAAUUAUUGAAGCAGAAAGAUUUAUUAUUGAUUCAUUAGAAUUUGAAAUUGGUUGGCCUGGUCCAAUGUCGUUUCUACGAAGAAUUAGUAAAGCAGAUGAUUAUGAAUAUGAAAUCAGAACUUUAGCGAAAUAUUUAUUAGAAUCAACAAUUAUGGAUCCUCGUUUAAUAUCUAUUCCUCCAAGUUGGCUAGCUGCAGCCGCAUAUUUCCUAAGUAAAGUUAUAUUAGGUUAUAACUCAUGGUCAUUGAAACAUACUUUUUAUGCAGGUUAUACGCAAGAACAAGUUCUUCCAUUAGCUACAAUAAUUUUAGAAAAUUGUAGAGAUGCCUCACAUUGUCAUAAAGCCAUUUUGAAAAAAUAUUCUAAUUCUCGUCAACACAAUUCUGCACAAUUGGUAGCCAGGUGGAUAGGAUCUGCUGAAAAAAAAGUAAAACAUGAUACAUCUAAUGGUUAUAAUGCUGACAUCAAUAGUGACAGUGACAGUGAUCGAUUAUAA